CUAGAAAGUUCUGAUCAUUAACGCGGAGCCGACACAAAUAUAGACUGGUGACCUUUUCAAUGUCAGUCCAUAGAUUCCGAAAGCUUUUGUAUAAAUCUCUCCUUAGCAAGCACACAGACGGUAGCUCGAGACAAGAUAUAUUACAAUUUCUAAUAUAUUGCCCAGCUGCCAGAGUUUUCUGUUGAGGCAAAUACAUAUAUAUAUGGCCGGAAAUAAUGGAGUGGGGCCGGCGAUCGGGAUCGAUCUGGGGACGACGUACUCGUGCGUCGGCGUGUGGCGGCACAACCGGGUGGAGAUCAUAGUCAACGACCAGGGUAACCGGACUACGCCGUCGUACGUGGCGUUCACCGCCACGGAUCGGCUCAUCGGCGACGGCGCCAAGAAUCAGGUGGCCAGGAACCCCACCAACACUAUCUUCGAUGCAAAGCGAUUGAUCGGUCGAAGAUUUAGUGAUGAGUGUGUGCAGAGUGACAUGAAGCUCUGGCCUUUUAAAGUUGUAGCUGGUCCAGGGGACAAACCCAUGAUUGAGGUGAGCCACAAGGAUGAGCGUAGGCAAUUCGCUGCAGAGGAGAUAUCAUCAAUGGUACUCAUGAAAAUGCGAGAGGCUGCAGAGGCCUUUCUUGGAUCAACUGUAAAGAAUGUUGUUAUCACCGUUCCUGCCUAUUUCAACAAUUCACAGCGCCAAGCUACCAAGGAUGCAGGCGUCGUCUCUGGCUUGAACGUCAUGAGCAUCCUAAAUGAGCCCACUGCUGCUGCCAUUGCCUACGGCUUGGAAAUGGAAAUCGGCAGUGAUGGCUACAAAAACGUGCUCAUCUUUGAUCUCGGUGGCGGUACAUUUGAUGUCUCGCUUCUGACGAUGAAGCAGGGUGUCUUUGAAGUGAAGGCCACUGCCGGCGACACUCGUCUUGGAGGAGAAGACUUUGACAAUAGAAUGGUGAACUACUUUGUUGAGGAGUUCAAGAGGAAGAUGAAGAAGGACAUAACUGGGAACCCUAGAGCUCUGCGAAGACUUAGGACUGCUUGUGAAAAAGCCAAGAGGGAUCUCUCGUCGACUGCUCAAACCACCAUCGAGAUCGAUUGUCUGUAUGAAGGUAUCGAUUUCUCCACUACCAUUACUCGUGCUAAAUUCGAAGAAUUCAACAUGGAUCUCUUCAAGAUUUGUAUGGAUCUGGUUAAGAAUUGUUUAACAGAUGCCAAUCUGGACAAAAGCAACAUCCAUGAUGUUGUCCUUGUGGGUGGCUCCACGAGAAUUCCAAAAGUGCAGGAGAUGCUACAAGAUUUCUUCGAUGGGAAGGAACUAUGCAAAAGUAUAAACCCAGAUGAGGCAGUUGCCUACGGUGCUGCCAUUCAUGCCUCCGUUUUGGAUGUAAACACUACUGAUAAGGUUCAUGACGUAGUACUGUUGGACGUAACCCCGCUGUCUCUUGGCGUGGGGUUGCAUAGUGGCUUUAUGUCUGUUGUGAUUCCGAGAAACACUCGUACUCCCACCAAGAUGGAGGCUGAGUUCACUACAGCAAAAGAUAACCAGACCAGCAUUUUAUUUGAUGUCUACGAGGGUGAGAGAACACGAGCUAACGACAACAAUUUUCUCGGCAAAUUCACCCUUGCUGGCGUCCCUCCUGCUCCGGUUCGUGCUCCUAAGAUCAAUGUCUGUUUUGAGAUUGAUGCAAAUGGCAUCUUGCAUGUCUUGGCUGAGGACAAGGGAACUGGGCAGGUGAGCAAAAUCACCAUUAGCAAUGUAGAUGGAAGAUUGUCCAAAGCAGAGAUAGAUAGAAUGGUGGAGGAUGCCGAGAAGUACAAGGCCGAAGAUGAGGAACUCAAAAAGAAGAUUGAAGCUAAGAAUGCUCUUGAGUCCUAUGUGUACAAGCUAAGAAAUGCUAUUGAGGAUCAGAUGAUCAUUGCCAAGUUAUCGCUAGAUGACAAGAAGACGAUAGAAAAUGCAAUUGAGGAAACCAUUCAGUGGCUCGCUGCCAACCAGUCGGUAAAGGUAGAUGAGUUUGAAGAAAAGAUGCAUUAUUUGGAAAAAAUUUGGAAUCCCAUUGUCACCAAGAUUUACAUAUGAAACUUGAAAAUUUGAUAUAGCUAGCAAGCAACUUAUUCCUUUCUAAUGCCUACAUAAGCACGAUGAAGUAUUUGCAAUUUGCAUGAUUGCUUAAUUAAGGCUUGGCAUGUUAUUGUGUUGUUGUUAUGUAUAUGAUAUAAUUUGACAUUAUGUAA